AUGGAGAGCGAGAGAAGAAGGGGCAAGGUAUGCGUCACCGGCGGUGCUAGUAACAUAGGCUCUUCUCUCGUCAGUAAGCUUCUCCAGAAGGGCUACACCGUUCACUCCACCCUCAGGAACUUCAGGAAUGAGUCGAAGAUAGGGCUUCUGAGAGGCUUGCCUCACGCAGAUGAAAGGCUGGUGUUGUUUGAAGCAGACAUAUAUAGGCCUCAGGAGUACGAGGCUGCAAUCCAAGGCUGUGAAAUUGUCUUUCACGUCGCUACUCCCUACGAACAUCAAUUGGAUUCCCAGUUUGCGAACACCACUGAGGCUGCAGUAGAAGGAGUGAGAAGCAUAGCUACAUGUUGUAUGAAAUCGGGAACGGUUAGACGGCUGAUUUACACAGCUUCCGUGGUUGCGGCUUCUCCGCUUAAAGAAAACGACGGAGCUGCAUGUUUCAAGGAUUUCAUCGAUGAAACCUGCUGGACGCCUCUCGAUCUUUCGUUAGAUCUUCAUAAGGGGUACGUUGAUUCGAAGACAAGUGCUGAGAGAGAGUUAUUGAGCUAUGGAAGCGGUGAAAAUGGAGGAAGAUUAGAGGUGGUGAGUUUGGCGUGUGGCCUAGUAGGAGGGGACACUCUUCUCAGUUACACACCACUGAGUGUCUCAAUGCUUUUCUCUCAGCUACGAGACAAUGAAACCACGUACCAGUCUUUGAAGUUCUUGGAGGAUUUGAUUGGAAAUAUCCCAAUAGUCCACAUUCAUGAUGUCUGUGAGGCCCACAUCUUCUGCGCGGAGAAUCCUUCCAUUAAUGGCAGAUUCUUGGUUGCAAGCUCCUAUUCAUCAACUGCAGAUAUAGCAAAUUACUAUCUUCAGACCUAUCCCCAAUUUAUUUUGAAGAAAAUAUAUUUGGAAGGACCGAAAAGGGAUAUAAAAUGGGCGUCAUCGAAGCUCACAGACAAAGGGUUUGUUUAUAAGCACGACCUGAAGACGAUAUUAGAUGACUGCAUCAAAUGCGCAAAAAGGAUGGGUGACCUCUAG